UGCUUUUUGAUUCUUUAUCUCAAUUUGGAAGAUUAAAUGGUUUUUGAUGAUUUUGUACAAAAGGAUGGGGAGAUAGAUAAUGACGUUGCCCAUCGUAUACAAGCUGGCUGGUGUAGGUGGAGAGCAGCCGCUGGGGUUUUGUGUGACAGGAGGUUCCCAACUAAAUUAAAGGGAAAAUUUUAUAAGGUUGCAGUUAGACCUGCUAUGUUAUAUGGAACAGAUUGUUGGGCUAUCAAAAAGACGCAGACACGCAAGAUGGAGGUGGCAGAAAUGAGGAUGUUACGGUGGAUGUGUGGGCACACAAGGCUAGAGCGUAUGAGAAAUGAGGUUUUUAGGGAAAGGCUAGCGGUGGCUAGUAUAUCGAGUAAGAUUAAGGAGGGGAGAUUGAGAUGGUUUGGGCAUGUGAAGAGGAGGCCAUUGACGGCAACGGUUAGAGUAGUAGACACCCUUUGUGUGGAGGGUAGGAGGAGUAGAGGAAGGCCCAAACUAACUUGGGAGGAGCGGAUUAGGCAAGAUUUGCUAGAGUUGCACCUUUCUGAGGACAUGGUCCAGGAUAGGAGUUCGUGGAGACGUAGGAUUAAGGUUAAAGAUUUUUAGGAGAGAGUAAUGAGGUGUCUGAGAUUUUUGGGUUAGGGGUAAAAAAAAAAAAAAAUUCUACUUUUCGGGUGGACCUUACAUGUGUUUAUCAUCUUGUGUGUAUGUGUGUGUGUGUAUAUAUAUAUAUAUUGCUUUAGGGACUAUAGUUGUGUCUAUUCUACUAUAUUAGUCGGUUACCACUUAUUCUGUGAUUGGUAGAUUUCUAUUGCUAUAUCUGUAGUUUUGCAUUGUUUGCUUGAUGUUUAGUUUCGAGCCGGGGGUCUUUUUGGAAGCAGCCUCUUUAUCCAUAUGGAUAGAGGUAAGGUUUGUCUACAU